AUGCAAAAAAAUGGUUCCUCUGAUGGAAAUUCGUCCCAUAAAGUAGAGGAAAAUAAUAAAAGACUUGAUAAUUAUGAAUUUUUGGAAAUUUUAAAGAAGGACUGGCUGAAAGGGAUUGAUAUGUCCCAAAUUAAGUCCCAGUUCAAGUCCUUCAACUUCUACCAAGUUAUAAAUUGCAUGGAUAUUUCAAUUCCGAAGCAUAAAUAUGAAGAUUAUUCAUUUGACAAUGAGGACUUUGAUGAAGAGGAUAAUUUUAAACCUAAGAAGAAGAACUUCAAAGGCAAAAGAACAAGAAUGCUGAAAGUUACUCUUUUUGAUGGAAAUUCCAAUGUUAUAGCCUUUGAAUAUGAACCGAUUGGUGCUUUUGACAUGUUUUACGAUUCAGCUACCAAUAAAAUGUCAAGGUGUUGCGUUAAGAUUGCUCUGUAUAACUCAGUAGUUUCCAAAAGAAACUCUCUUUGGCUCACUAAUUAUAAUGUUAAAAUGUUGUUUGAAGGUUAUUCCUGCAAGCACCACCCAUCCAGUGCCUUAGGUCAUUCCAUCUCCGAUAACUCUAUUGUUGCUAAUACUAACGCUAUUAAUUCUGUGGUAUCUAACACCAUUAACAGUAUUACUAACACUCUCAACAGUAUCACCAAUGACACCAUCGCAGUUAAUAAUGUUAAUCAGAACGGAUUUGAGAUUGAUCAAGAUGUUAUUGAUUUGGCUACUCAGUACCUUGAUAGUAACGUUCAGUUUAGUCAGGACUAUAGUACACAGCCUUCCAGUACACAAGUGACUCAAAAAGACAGUCAAACUCCUAAUAAGGCUACUCGUACUCCAGCUUUAACUGAUUAUUUUCCUAAAGACUCGGGUUAUCUAGAUCACAGUUUCCUGUGUUUCAUUAAGAAACGUGAUUUAACUUUGAAUAAUGAGUCGUUUAUAAAGUUUUCAAAGGAGAGGUUUACUGAUUUUUUCAAGGAUAAGCCAGUAGAGUUAUCUGAGUUUUGUAAACUUUUUAACCAUUCUUCCAAUGUAGGAUAUGUGCCUCUCUAUACUGAAAGACAUAAAAUUGAUCAUUUGUUUGGUUUUUUGAACCAUUCUUCAGUUGUGGUUUUUGAUGACUCUGAUCCUGUUUGCAAGUUCCUUGCAGUUAUUGUCGAAGCUGUUUAUGGAACUCUUCAUAAAAACGUCUGGCUAUCAAUUUUUGAUGAUUGUUUCAAUUCUCAUUUUUGUAUUUUUGAUCUUGAAGUCUUCCCAUUCAUCUCACCGUAUUCUCAACAAGUCUCCACCUCACUUGAACUAAAUUCACUUGAAGGUUUCUUUCUUUUCGAAGAUUGUAAAGUUCAAGAUUACAAUGUUAGGGUUUUGAGGGAUUUUACAAGGAACUUACCACGUGAACAGGCUAAUCUAAUGGUCGACACACUAAAUUCUGAAUUUGCCAGAGCUAAACAAGAAUACCAAUAUUAA